AUGCAUUCAACGGCCUUAUAUUCACUCACAGGAAAAACAUUAUCUUCUAAAUGUGAAUGCUUCAAGAAGAGUGGCAGUUCUAAAUUCAGGGGCACAUCAAAGAGUGUCUUUUCAGUUACUCACAGCAGUGGUAAUCAUGUUGCGGCACUAGCUUUAGCUGCAAAUCUUCAAAGAAUUCCAGCAUAUGUGGUUCACUACCACAUUGUCACUCUAAUAAUUCCAAUAAGUGGUGGUGGUUUAAUUUCUGGGGUGGUUGUUGGAGCCAAGUCAAGGAAUCCAGCCAUACGGGUCUUGGGUGCUGAGCCAAAAGGAGCCGAUGAUGCAGCACAAUCAAAAGCAUGUGGUAGACUUAUAACCUUGAGUCACACCAACACAAUUGCUGAUGGCCUUCGAGCUUCCCUGGGAGAUAUCACUUGGCCAAUUGUACGUGAUUUGGUUGAUGACAUCAUCACAGUGGACGAUGAAGAGAUUCUAGAAGCAAUGAGAUACAACUAUGAGGUACUUAAGGUGGCAGUUGAACCAAGUGCUGCAAUAGGACUUGCUGCUGUACUCUCCGAUAACUCCAAGAAAAAUUCUCGCUGGAAUUGCUCUCAAAACAUUGGGAUUGUAAUUUCAGGGGGGAAUGUGGAUUUAGGUGCUCUAUGGGAAUUGUUUUCACGGAUUACCAGGACGUAAUCUUUCUUGAAGGGAGUUAACCGUGAAGCUAAAUGUUGUGUAACGCAUGGGACUUGUUAUGGGGUCAUGAUGUUCUCCUCAGUAUAUUUUCUUUUAUUACAUGUAGUUACUUCGAUGGGUGUUUACUGUUUUUUGCAUGGGUUUAGAAACACAAAGUAGUAGCAAGCAUGUUAUAGUUUUGACCCGGCCUACAUGUCGUGGAUUUGGCCCUUUGUGUCAAUUUAA